ACGCAUACGACGCGCGGCCCUACCCCGCCUAGGCUGAGCCCCGCGGCCGCUGUGGGCAGAAAGAAGAUGGCGGCGCCGGGCGAGUACUUCAGCGUGGGCAGCCAGGUGUCCUGUCGCACUUGCCAGGAGCAGCGCCUUCAGGGCGAGGUUGUUGCCUUCGACUACCCCAGCAAGAUGCUAGCGCUCAAAUGCCCCUCUUCCAGCGGGAAGCCUAACCACGCAGAUAUUCUGCUCGUAAACUUACAGUAUGUGUCAGAAGUGGAAAUAAUUAACGACCGCACGGAAACGCCUCCUCCUUUAGCUUCACUCAAUGUUAGCAAGCUUGCCAACAAAGCACGGACGGAGAAGGAAGAGAAAAUGAGCCAGGCGUAUGCAAUUAGUGCUGGUGUCUCUCUGGAGGGGCAGCAGCUCUUCCAGACUAUACAUAAGACCAUUAAAGACUGUAAAUGGCAGGAGAAGAACAUUGUUGUGAUGGAAGAAGUCAUCAUCGCCCCUCCCUACCAAGUGGAAAACUGUAAAGGCAAAGAGGGGAGUGCCCUGAGUCACGUACGCAAAAUAGUGGAGAAACAUUUUCGAGACAUGGAAAGCCAGAAGGUAAUGCAACGUUCACAAGCACAGCAGACACAGAAGGAGACGUCUCUGUCGUCCUGAGGCCAGCGCCAGCACUGGGGCUGCCCGCCGCCUCACCACCGAGUCCUUGGAGGCAGGAGGGCGCCCGUGGGGGGAUCAGCUUUUGUUUCCUUUCUUUUGAGCUCGUUAAUGGGGGAGCUCAACUGAUUCCAAACCUUAGACUUUAAAACAAACAAAAAAAGAUAAUAAUUUAAAAGCUUAUGCAUUACUUGACUAACAGACUUUCCUUUGUCUGCCAUCUUUUCUUCCCCACUGACGAGUCAGACUUGGUUAGUUUUUUGGGGUUUUUUUUUACUCUCUUUUCAUUUUUCCUGCCCCCUCCCAAACCCCUUUUCUAAAGGAUGUCUGUCCCCUCAGAUCUCCUCCUGCCCAUCCCCCUUCCCCCCCCUCCUCCUCAAAAGCCCUCCAAAAAUAAAAGUAAUGAGCUGGCUGCGGUGGCCGAGCUGAGA